GCUUCAGUGCAGACAGCACGGGCAGAGCAGACGCCUGUCUGGAUGGAGGGCAAACCGUCCACUUGAUUCGUAUCAGUACCCGCGGCUCGCUCCGUGAACGGCAUUUGUGAACGUAGUUAUUUGUAUGUUUUUUUUACGGAAAGAGGGGCAGUAGAGCGAGUGUUAUUCCAUCGUUGUAAUUAUGAUACCAUUAUGUUGCAUACACAGUCCGUGUGAUUUGCUAUGGUGAUACUACAAGCUACCACAAGCUAGCAAAGGGAUUGUUUUGGGAGAUACCGUUUUCAGUUACCCAUACGCUCACACAUGAAUUAGACGCUUUUUGUGAAUUUUCAUCAAGCUGGAACACAAAGGGGAAUGUCUAGCCAAGGAGUUAGGAGAAAUGGCCCAGUAAAGCUGCGGUUGACAGUCCUCUGUGCAAAGAACCUGGCAAAGAAAGACUUCUUCCGGUUGCCAGAUCCUUUUGCCAAAGUGGUGGUGGACGGCUCAGGACAAUGCCACUCUACAGAUACUGUGAGAAAUACGCUGGACCCAAAGUGGAAUCAACAUUAUGAUCUAUACAUCGGAAAGGCAGACUCAAUCACCAUCAGCGUAUGGAAUCACAAGAAAAUCCACAAAAAACAGGGCGCAGGUUUCCUGGGCUGUGUCCGGCUCCUGUCAAACGCCAUCAACAGACUCAAAGACACUGGCUAUCAGAGACUGGACCUGAAUAAGCUGGGCCCCAAUGACAACGAUACUGUAAGAGGACAAAUAGUCGUAAGUCUUCAGUCCAGAGAUCGUAUUGGUACAGAAAGGCCGGUGGUGGACUGCAGUCGCCUGUUCGACAAUGACUUACCCGAUGGCUGGGAAGAGAGACGGACAGCCUCUGGAAGGAUACAGUACCUGAACCACAUCACACGUACCACGCAGUGGGAGAGACCUACCAGGCCAGCGUCGGAGUACUCCAGCCCAUCAGGGCGUCCGCUAAGCUGCGUGGUGGAUGAGAACACGCCAGUGAUGACACCUGUUAAUGGGGCCGAGGCCAGCUGCCCGCCAGGCGAACAGCGGAUCCAGGAGAGACGGGUUCGAUCGCAGCGGCAUCGUAACUACAUGAGUCGAACUCACCUGCAUACACCGCCAGACCUGCCUGAGGGUUACGAGCAAAGAACAACUCAGCAGGGUCAAGUCUACUUCCUCCACACACAGACUGGAGUCAGCACCUGGCAUGACCCCCGGGUGCCCAGGGACCUAAGCAAUGUGAACUGUGAGGAGCUGGGCCCACUGCCACCAGGCUGGGAGAUCAGAAACACAGCCACAGGUCGCGUCUACUUUGUCGACCACAACAACCGAACAACACAGUUCACAGACCCGCGACUAUCUGCUAAUCUGCAUCUAGUACUCAACCCAAGUCCAAAUGGUUCCCGCGUGGCCAUGGACAGCCAAAACACUAACCUCAGUCAUCCGCCUCAGUUGAAGGACCAGGGUGGUCCAGGGGUCCCUCAGCAAGCUCUGUCCCCAGCCCAGCUGCCUGAAGAGGCAGAGUGCCUGACGGUGCCCAAAUACAAGAGAGACCUGGUGCAGAAGCUGAAGAUCCUGCGGCAGGAACUUUCUCAGCAACAACCCCAGGCGGGCCACUGCCGCAUCGAGGUGUGCCGUGAGGAGAUAUUUGAGGAGUCGUACCGGCAGGUGAUGAAGAUGCGUCCAAAGGAUCUCUGGAAAAGACUGAUGAUCAAAUUCAGAGGAGAAGAGGGGCUAGACUAUGGCGGGGUAGCAAGGGAAUGGUUAUACCUGUUGUCCCAUGAGAUGCUGAACCCGUACUAUGGCCUGUUCCAGUACUCCAGAGAUGACAUCUACACUCUACAGAUUAACCCCGACUCUGCUGUCAACCCGGAGCACCUGUCAUACUUCCACUUCGUGGGGCGUAUCAUGGGCAUGGCGGUGUUCCACGGCCACUACAUCGACGGAGGCUUCACUCUGCCCUUCUACAAACAGCUGCUGGGAAAACCAAUCACGCUGGACGAUAUGGAGUCUGUCGACCCCGACCUCCACAACAGCCUUGUCUGGAUCCUGGACAAUGACAUCACUGGCGUCCUGGACCACACUUUCUGCGUAGAGCACAACGCCUAUGGAGAAAUUAUCCAACAUGAGCUCAAACCUAACGGCAAGAGCGUCCCCGUCACAGAGGACACCAAGAAGGAGUAUGUCAGGUUGUAUGUGAACUGGCGUUUCCUGCAUGGCAUCGAGGCUCAGUUUCUGGCUCUGCAGAAAGGCUUCAAUGAGGUUAUUCCUCAACACCUGCUCAAAUCCUUUGAUGAAAAAGAACUGGAGCUGAUAGUGUGCGGCCUGGGAAAGAUCGACAUCUCUGACUGGAAGUCAAACACCCGUCUGAAGCACUGUACCCCUGACAGCAACAUCGUCAAGUGGUUUUGGAAAGCCGUGGAGUCGUUUGACGAGGAGAGGAGGGCCCGGCUACUGCAGUUUGUCACUGGCUCAUCCAGAGUCCCACUGCAAGGCUUCAAGGCUUUACAGGGCGCUGCGGGACCCAGACUCUUCACCAUUCAUCAGAUCGAUGCUAACACCAACAAUCUGCCCAAAGCCCAUACCUGCUUCAAUCGGAUUGACAUUCCGCCCUACGAGAGCUACGACAAGCUGUACGACAAGCUGCUGACUGCGAUCGAGGAGACCUGUGGCUUCGCAGUGGAAUGAGAGACACGUCGGAGAGUGUGUUUGUGUGUGAACAUGUGUAGCUGUGUGUGCAGGACUCAGAUAGACUAUUAGGUCACUGCGGCGUGCAGACAGGCUCACUCAGAGCCUGCUACGUGCGUCAUCGACCAGCCUGCAGUCUUCCUCCUCUCUCACCACUCUCCACACUCUUCCCUCAUCGAUGUCUGUUUGAAGAGCUGCUAAAGAGUCAUCCCUGUCAUUUAAUUUGUAUUCAUUUGUUUUUUGUUUUGUUAUGGUGUAGUUUGUGUGAAAUGCGGAGAGCAACUUAAGAACUGCUGCAUUUCUUUCAGCAGCUGCGAGUUGUUGUAAAGAGAGCAGUUUGUUUUUGACGGCUCCUUUUGCGUUCAGAAAAAGGAACCGUCUUCUUACUUUAGAUCUCAUCAAAUCAGGAAACAGUAUAUCAACUCACAGUGUAGUGUUUUCAAAAAUUGUCCCCCAGCAUUUGAGAGCAGUGAGUCGCCAUUUUGUUUUGCAAUUUAAACUGAUUGAAUGGAUCCUUGUCAUGCUACUGAAUCUCUAACACUGCAGGUAGCCAUAUCUUGCCCUUGGUAGCCAUCUAACCUCAACCAACACACCUUCCAGUCCUCAUGGCUGCAGAGUUUGUGUGCUUUGUUGUGUCGGAGCGCCGCAGAUUCAUCCUACCUCGGUGUAAUGCUUUGAUAUGUAAAUGGUUUCAUUCCAAAAUCAUAUGUAUUGAUGGAUAAUGUAAUUCAAAUGCAGAGUAGAAAAUCUUUCAUUGACAGUAAUGCUUUGUAGUAAGUCUGAUUUUCAUACCAUCAGUCAUGCUGUGACUGUAAACCAUAUGAUUUAAAUUGUUUAUAUAUAUCAUUUUGAAACGGAACUUAUGUACAGACUGACCUGGACGUGGGUGUGAUGUUUCGUGGCGUCUCUGAGUCGAGCUUGUGGUGUGUUAUUGAACGAUGAGGAAGACGGACUCUGGUGAAGAAGAAGAAGGUGUGAAUCUUUUUUUUUUUUUUUCCCCCUGCAAUCACCGCAGUGUGGCCACAGCUCCUGCAAAUGUGUGUCUGUUUGUUUCUGCAUGUGUACACAUUUGUAUGCAAGGAAGGUAGACGGUUUAUAGAUGAGCUUCCCAAUCGUCUUCACUAGCACAGCACCCUGUGUUUAAAGCUGCAGAGCUGAUUGAACCUCACGUUUUGAGCCUGGUUCGUCUUCCGUUUCUCACGUGUCUCCGGCAGUAUGCAUGUUUUUUUUUUUUUUGUUUUGUUUUUUUACUAUUAUUUUAUCCAACCCAGAUAACCCAGCACACUUCCUGUCAGAUCAUAUGUGAAAAGGGCACAACUGUCCACGGGACCAGGCUUGAUAAGAAGCUAUUCGAGGCAGGCGUCUAUUUUCGGUCACAUCCUUGGUUUUAAAAAGGCAGAAGUAUUUCUUUGUCUCUCUCUCGUCACUUUAGAGCACUUUACAAACUGAGCAGUGAUGGCAGAAGUGCUUUCUUCACGCUAGAUUAAAAAUAUAUCAUGUUUCAUUUGCUAUGCGACUUCAUUAGAAAUAUACAGAGUAUCUAUACACCUGUAAUUUUUGAGUAUAUAUGUACAAAUACAUAGCUAUUUUGUAUAUGGUUGCUUGUUCUUUCUGUUCAAUUUUAAAUGCAAGCAUGUUGGCGUCUGUCACAGACCUCUUUGCAUUCUCAGGUGAAGUUGUCCUUUGUUUAAUUUUUUUUAUUCUACAUUUAUUAGGCUAGUGUGUGAGGAGGGGUAAAACUGCUUGUAAUGGAAACAGGACUUCAGAGGCCUCUCUCUUUAAACCCAUGACAGAGUGUAACAGUCAGCAGGUUAUAUUACAGGUGAUAUUUUCUUUUGGUCAAUCACUUUCACUCAUGAACACACACAUACCUUCAUCAGAGGACAUGAACGGCCAUAUUUGCUGCUCUGGAGGUGCGUGUCACCGCUGAACACCAAACAGCACAGACAGCACAGACAGCGAUGUCACUUCAUAUGCACGGCAGCAGUGUGUUUGCAGCAUGGAUUUUUAUUAAAAGGACUGAAUGCUGACGAUGGCCCUCAAAUCCUCAGAGCUGCAGAUGUUGGAGGUUGCCUGCUGCUGAACUCCUGGGUGCUACACACGGUGAAAAUGUUGAACCAAAAUGAAAAGUCGCUGAAAAACCUGAGAGGCGGCAGAGUUAGGAGCGUCUCCAUCACCACAGCCUCCAUCCAAAGAAAACCCUCUUUGCAUGAAUGGACGCUCAAGAGAUAAAGCCUAUUUAUUUGCAUAAUUAUUACUCUUAGAUCAACUUGGAAAAAUCAGUUAAAUGUUCUUUUUUUAAUAUGUACUCUGCCUGCAUUUAUUUGUAACCAUGAACACUUUGUUAGCUGAUUCUCAGAGCUGAGUUUUCUAAUGGUCAUCACGAAACAAAACGCAGAAGCAAACAUGAAAUUGUUGUCUUUGUACAGUUAUAGAGAACUUAUUUGAUUUUACCUUUAACAACUUGACUCAGAGGCAGAAGAGAAAUGCAUUACACAAUUUUUUUUUUUUUUUGCACACAUUAUGCAUACUUGGGCUCCAAGUUAUAAUCAGACACUUCCUUCUAUUUACCAAAUAGUUAAUGGACUGAUCAAGUUUUUUUUUUAUGUAGAUAACAUAUAUAUACACACACACACACACACCCAUGUUCUUGAUAUGCACACAUGUAUGUUUGUCCAGUGCACACAGUCCACUUCUGCUCUUUGUUACUUUGUGUUGGCACCAAGUUUUCUGGCUGGUUCAGUCUUCAGUGCAAAGGUUGUGGGGGUCUGAGAGCUUCCAGAUGAGGGGACGUCACACUGUUCCCCAGUUAAACAGACAGAUUAUUCUGAUGUCUUCAACUUUUUUGCAGGUCAACAUUGACUUUUUCAAGCGUUGAACACCUGUGAUACAAAGAAAUGUGUGUCUGCUCUCAUUGAUCUGAUGUAUCUGAAUAUAUGAAGAGCCAAAAUGAUGAACUUUAACGCUGGUUUAAUCGGUCACAGACCAGAUGAAGCUGAACUCUCUCCCCACACUUUUAAGUACAAAUUUACAGAUUUAUUUGCAAAUUCAUGUGUGUGUGUGUCAGAGUGUGUGAGCGCGUAAAUGACUUUUGAUUGAAUUCAAUACAAAACAGAUUUUUUUUUUUUUUUUUACAACUGCACCAUGUUUUAUUUCUUUUGAUUUCCUAUCUGUUUUUGUAUUUAUUAUUACAGUAUAUGUGUUCAUAGUUUUUCACAUCAGCUGCUCUGUGAGCUUGUAACUGACACCUGUACAUAAGGACAAUAAAGAAGCAAAGUAAUACACUUCUUGUACCCUUGCAGAAAGCUGAGCAAUAAAACUAUGCUGUUUGGACCUCACAGCAUUAUGUUUUAUAGAA